CCAAACCAAACUUCAGAAUUGAGAUUUGAGAAUCAGUCGAGUAGCGGUAGUUGUUGAAGCAAGAGCUAUGCCUGACGUUUAUAAAAUUGGUGACUUGGUUUGGGCCAAGAUGAAAGGUUUCCCGCCAUGGCCUGGCCGAGUUUCCAACCCACCCAAAGAUUUGAAGAGGCCUGCAAGUAAAAAAGCUUCCCACUGCAUAUAUUUUUUUGGCUCCGAAAACUAUGGUUGGAUUGAGGAAAGCAAUUUAAAGCCUUACGAACAAUAUAAAGAAGCUUUAAUCAGGGCAAACAAGUCAAAUGCUUUCAAGGAUGCUGUGGAAGCGAUUGAAAAGUGUGCACAGAACAAAGGAGAUGAGAGUUUUUCAGAUGAGUCUGAUUCAGUUUUUGAUCGCCUUAUAGAAUCUAGUAGUAGUAAUAGUAAUAGUGAAAAGAAACCCAAACCCAAGACACAAAAAAAGACCAAUAAAGAGGAUUCAGACUCAGUUUUUGACCGAUUAAUAGAUUCAGACAAUGAAAAGAAGACUAAACCAAAAUCACACAAAAAGACUCUGACCUCAGGUUACCCCAUCAUAGACCUGUCCGCUCAUCCCCAACGCCCUCCCUUCUACCCUCUCACUAUGGAGGACCUGUAUUGCCGAACAACUACGCUAGAACUCUUCCGUCGGGAGAAGACUGUGCAAAUGGAACGUGUCGAUUAUAACGAUAGUGAUGAUGAGAAGGAAAAUGCAGGUAAAAUAAUAGUCAAAAGAGAAUAUGGAUCGUCAGGUGGUUCAGCAGCUAAGAGGAUAAAGAAGGACAAAAAAGAGGAUUUAGAAGUGACGACAAAUGGAGAUGACCACUUAGCCAGCUCAUUCAGUCCUCUAAGAAAAGGUCCCGGUUCAAACCUACUCGACAGGCCAGCCAAUGUCACAAGGCCGGAAACGCCGCCGCUAGAUUUAGAGAGUGUGUCACAAACAUUAAAAGAGAAAAACAUUCUGCCUUCCACCCUCAAAUUUGGCUUCCUCGGGCUAGGCAUCAUGGGCUCCGGGAUCGUCAAGAACCUUCUCAAUUCCGGCCACUCGGUGAUCGUAUGGAACAGAACGCCAGACAAGUGCAGAGACUUUGUGAAGGCAGGAGCAGAGGAAGGACUGACUCCAGGAGAUGUGGUCCAGGCAGCCGACAUUACCUUCUCAUGUGUGGCCGACCCCCAGGCUGCCAAAGAUAUGGUGUUUGGCAACUGUGGAGUGCUGCCUGAAGCCGGUCCCAGCAAAGGCUAUGUUGAGAUGACUGGAAUUGACGCAGAGACUUCCCAGGACAUAGCUGAGGCUAUCACAGGCAAGGGAGGCAGGUACCUGGAGGCUCAGGUACAAGGCAGUAAGACACAAGCGGAGGAAGGUACCUUGGUGAUACUGGCUGCUGGGGACAGGUCACUGUUUGACGAGUGUCAGAGCUGCUUUGAGGCUAUGGGGAAGAACUCCUUCUACCUGGGUGAGGUGGGCAAUGCGUCCAAAAUGAACCUAGUACUGCAGCUGAUGGCAGGGGUAACAUUGGCGGGGUUGGCGGAGGGAAUGGCGUUGGCUGACAGAGCGGGGUUGCAGCAGAAGGAUGUGUUGGAAGUGAUGGAGCUCACAUCUCUAGCCUGCCCCACUAUACUGGACAAGGGCAAAGCCAUUAUUGAUGCCAGUUUCCCCACCCAUUUGCCCCUCCAACAUCUGCAGAAGGACCUCAAGUUGUCCUUGAGUCUAGGGGAUCAAUUGGAGCAGCCCCUGCCUCUCACAGCUUCUGCUAACGAGGUGUUCAAGCACGCUAAGCGUCUGGGCUACGGCGAACACGACGCAUCAGCUGUCUACAUUCGUGCACGUUUCUAAUCUCAUACACUCGGGCAGCAUGUUUCAUACAUUUUCAACAACUUUGGUUUAAUUUUGACUCAUUUUCAUUAUAUUUAAAUGUAAUGAACCCCCUGAAUAAAUUAGAGUUCUAGGUUUAGUUUGAUAUAUUUGUUACUAGAUAUUAUUUUGACUUUUUAAUGGAUGAUGAGAUCAACUUGGUUUUAAUCAGAGAUGUAUUAAUUAUGAUCAUUGACAUUAUUUAUUUGUUUGUAUGUGCUUCAAUUCAUAAAACUAGCCUAAAAAUAAGUAAGAUGUAUUUGUUUUGAUAUUGGAUAAAUGAUAUCGAUUGUAAGAAUUUGUUAAAAUUUUAGAUUUAUAUAUAUGGUUUAAAAGAGAUGAUACAUUUUUGUGUGUUGUAGUUAAAACUGAGGUCACCUGACACUUAAAGUUGGGUCUCUUGAUAAAUCAAGUAUUUACUUAAGUAGCGAUUUAUAAUUUUUGUAAUAAUAUUACCGGUAAAUAUCUGAACACAAAUUUAAAGGUGGAAUUCAAUAUUCCUCAGUAAUUUUGAGCAAAACGCCUUCUUAUAUCGCAAAAACUCCUUGACAUAUUUUUUAUGUGUAGAUUUUUGUUAAAAUUUAUAAAUUACUACCUACUAAACCAAUUAGCUUCUGCUUCAACUACAUUACACACAAGACUAGUUUUAAAAUUGACCAAUAUAAUUAAGAUUAAGAUAUAUUUUGGAAAGAUAUUUUGUGGCGAUUCAAUUAUUAUCAUGGUACAAAGAGUAUUUGUCAGCGUGUCAGCUAAUUUAUGUGUGUAGAUAGAACAUAGUUAUUACGGACAUGUGGUAUUUUAGUUUGGAAAAUUUUAUAGUUGGCAUUUAUCAUUUUGUACGUUUUUUUUAGUUUAGAUAAAUUAAUGUGUAAUCGACUAUGGCGUAUGCAAUUACUGUUAAUCCAACUAUCACUGUUUUUAAUUUCAAUAAAGUUAUGUAUUUUUA